CUCUCCUGCCGCAGGCCCGGUUCCCUCCGCGGCGUCUGUUUACUCCGGGACCCAUGGGCGAGAGCAGUGGACGGAGUGGCGGUAGCGCCGGUGCUGGCGGUGGCCUCCGGGCUAAGGGGAUAAGCGAUGAGUACUUCGGGAGCGCGGCGGACUGGGAAGAACAGGAUGGCUCCAUGCACGAUGAAGACGAUGGGGAUGGUGAAGAUGAUGCGGAGGUGCAGCAGGAAUGCCUGCAGAAGUUCUCCAGUCGAGAUUACAUAAUGGAGCCACCUAUUUUCAACACAUUGAAAAGAUAUUUCCAGGCAGGGGGCUCUCCAGAGCAUGUGAUCCAAAUGCUGUCCGAGAAUUACACGGCAGUAGCACAGACUGUAAAUCUGCUGGCAGAGUGGCUUAUCCAGACAGCAGGUCAGGUGGCUUCCAUGGAAAGAGAAUCAGAUUUAAUAUUUCAGGUCAAAGACCCUUCACCAGAACUGGUUUGUUGUCUGAAACCUUGUGGUCUGUAUCAUCUUUUUCAGGGGUGGAACCAUCACAUGUACAGGAAACUGUGGAGAACCAUUUGAAGAGUUUGCUCAUUAAGCACUUUGAUCCUCGGAAAGCCGAUUCCAUUUUCACAGAGGAGGGGGAGACACCAGCUUGGCUAGAGCAAAUGAUUGCUCAUGUAACUUGGAGAGACCUCUUUUAUAAACUGGCAGAAGCUCACCCCGACUGCUUGAUGCUCAAUUUUACCGUUAAGCUAAUCUCAGACGCUGGAUACCAGGGUGAAAUAACCAGCGUGUCAACGGCCUGUCAGCAGCUCGAGGUCUUCUCCCGUGUUCUCCGCACCUCUCUUGCCACACUUGUUGAUGGGGGUGAAGAACAUUUGGAGAAAAACCUGCCUGAAUUUGCAAAAAUGGUAUGUCACGGGGAGCAUACAUACCUUUACGCUCAGUCUAUAAUGUCUGUGUUGGCUCAAGAAGAACAAGGUGGGGCAGCUGUCCGAAGAAUUGCACAGGAAGUUCAGAGAUAUGCACAUGAGAAAGGUCAUGAUGCCAGUCAGAUUACCCUGGCGUUGGGCACAGCUGCAUCCUACCCCCGAGCUUGUCAGGCACUGGGUGCCAUGCUGUCCAAAGGAGCUCUGAAUCCUGCUGAUAUCACAGUUUUAUAUAAAAUGUUCACCAGCAUGGAUCCACCACCUGUAGAAUUGAUUAGAGUCCCGGCUUUCCUUGAUCUUUUUAUGCAAUCUCUCUUCAAACCGGGCUCCAAAAUCAAUCCCGAGCAUAAGCACAAGUACAUCUACAUCCUAGCUUAUGCAGCCAGUGUGGUGGAAUCGUGGAAAAAGAACAAAAGAUUUAACAUCAACAAAGAUGAGCUGAAAUCCACCUCAAAGGCAAUUGAGACCGUCCACAAUCUGUGCUGCAAUGAAAACAAAGGGGCUUCAGAGCUGGUUGCUGAGUUGGGAACGCUUUAUCAAUGUAUUCGGUUUCCGGUGGUGGCGAUGGGAGUGCUGAAAUGGGUUGAUUGGACUGUGUCUGAGUCCAGCUAUUUUCAGUUGCAGACGGACCAUACACCCGUUCACUUGGCCUUACUGGAUGAGAUCAGUACCUGCCACCAGCUUCUCCAUCCCCAGGUCCUGCAGCUGCUUGUUAAACUGUUUGAGACUGAACAUUCCCAGCUUGAUGUCAUGGAGCAGUUGGAGCUGAAGAAAACCCUGCUGGACAGGAUGGUUCACCUGCUGAGUCGUGGCUAUGUCCUGCCCGUGGUCAGCUAUAUGCGCAAGUGCCUGGAGAAGCUCAACACAGACAUCUCACUCAUCAGAUACUUUGUGACAGAGGUCCUGGAUGUCAUUGCCGCACCGUACACCUCAGAUUUCGUCCACCUCUUUCUCCCAAUUCUGGAGAACGACAGCAUUGUUGGCACAAUUAAAACUGAAGGGGAGUGUGAUGCUGUGGCAGAGUUUAUCGCACACUGCAAAUCCAACUUCAUCAUGAUGAACUAGCACAAGGACGGAUACAGGUCAAUACCAAGAUUGGCCACAGGAGGAUGCGCAAGAUGAUUCUGAGAGAUAUGGGACAAGGUGGAACACCCUGUACGGUGAUGUGAAAUUGAUUGAAGAAUUAUGACCUGGAGCCAGCAGUAGCCGAAUAGAGGAAUAAUAAGUAGAUUUUGUAUUUUUUUACAUAAUUGAUGUCUAAGGUUAAACAUAUAUAGAAACUUUUUUCUGCAAACAAAUUGAGAAGUAAAUUGAGUUUGGAACUGAUGUAGUGCAAAUAAAUAAUGGUGCUGCACUUUUA